AUGUCUCUCGAUACAGAUGUUCUUAUCAUCGGGGCCGGGAUGAGUGGCUGCGGCCUUGCGAUCCAGCUCAUUAGGAAAUAUGGCUUUCGUAAAUUCAAUAUCAUCGAGAAGUGUGGAGACGUAGGGGGCACAUGGCUUGUCAACACUUAUCCCGGAUGUGGCUGCGAUGUAGCCUCACAUUUCUACUCAUACUCCUUCGCUCUCAACCCAGAUUGGAGCCAGAAGUUCUCGAUGCGGUCAGAAAUCCAGGCCUACUUCCGAAAUGUAGCUGAGCAAUAUAACUUGAUACCGCACACCAAGUUCUAUUCCUCUGUAGAGACCGCCCGCUGGAACGAAGCUGACCAACUCUGGGAAGUCACCAUCAAAGACGAGAAGACCAAGCAGACACGGCUAUGGCGGUGUCGAGUUCUUGUAUCCGCUGUAGGCUCACUGUCCAUCCCUAAAAAAUGCGAAAUACUUGGUGCGGACACGUUCAAAGGACCGCUCUUCCACUCCGCUCAGUGGGACCACAAAUUCGACUGGACAGACAAAGACGUAGUUGUACUUGGAAACGGCUGCUCUGCGACACAAUUCGUCCCUGUGAUGGCAGAGAAGGCUCGGAGUCUGACUCAGUUUGCCCGUCAACCGCAUUUUCUAGCGGAGCGGCCAAAUCCGGUCUAUAGCUCAACAUGGAAGGCGAUCAUGCGCUACGUACCUCUGGCCAUGCGGCUGUAUCGUUUCAAGCUCUACGCAGAUAUGGAGAAAGAUUUUGCUGGGUUUGACAUCGAAACUGGAGCCAGUAUUCGACAAGGCCUGAAAGAAGAGAACGAAAAGUAUGUAAAGCGCAUGGCCCCUGAGAAGUACUGGGAUGCUCUCAUACCGAAGCACGAGAUCGGAUGCAAACGCAAAGUCAUGGAUACAGACUACCUCACCUGCCUCCAUCGCAACAACGUGGAGCUUGUGCACGAUGAUCCGGUCGAGGGCAUAGUCGAGGAUGGAAUACGGACGCGAAGUGGGAGGAUAUUGAAGGCAGACGCUAUUAUACUGGCCACCGGAUUCGAGGUCUUCCGAAUGUUGUUCCCCAUGGAGAUUUUUGGCGAGAACGGUGUCAGCUUGAAUGACUACUGGGACAAGAACCACGAAGGCGCUGCCCAGGCAUAUCUAGGGACGUCGAUACCCGGCUUCAAGAACUUCUUUACAAUGAUGGGUCCCAACACGGUAACAGGCCACCUGUCUGUGAUCUAUACUGUCGAAUGCCAGAUCAACUUCGUCCUGCGUCUGAUCGAGCCGAUCCUGAAAACCACACACCAGAGCCGCAAGCUGCUACGAUCCCCAGAGAUCACCUCAGUCGAUGUCAAGCAGCCUUCGGCUCUCAGAGACAGCAACUGGAUGCAAUCAAAGCUCAAAAUGCUCGUGUGGUCAUCAGGCUGUACUUCUUGGGCUCUCGAUCCCAAGACUGGUGUGAAUAUCGCCAUGUACCCCGAAUACCAGUUUCUGUUCUGGCUGAGGAGCGUGUUCAUUCCUUCCAAGGACUUCGAGUAUGAGUACAGAGACGAGAAUGGAUUGUGGAAGACGAGCCUGACUAUUGGGGGCUGGAAAGGAGUACGGCAGUUCAUUGGGACCUUGGUUACCGUGGUUGCGUUGGCUGGUGGUGCUGUGGGAGUGCAGAGGGCCGGUGGGCCUUUUGAGGCGCUUGGUCUAGUGAGAAACUCACUCUCGAGCGUCUUCCAUCAGGUCAAGCGGUCUUUGAAGGCAUGA